AUGCUUCAGAAAACAAUACUGCUCAGCAGCAUUCGCAAAUUUAGCAGUAGUCAACUGUUCGGACUUUAAUCUAUGGUGGGUUUAGCAAGCCAAGCCAGCUGGUGUUUGGUGCGGUUAAGCAGACGCUCGAAUUUCUAGAUAUAGUCACGUAAGGUGGCACGCAACUCGCCGAUUUUUCAAGUACUCGCUAUAAAAGCAAAACUGUGUCAAUGACGCCGCAUUAGUUAACCAUUUGCAGCGCAAAAACCACGCAUUAGAAGACAUUGUUCGGAACAACGAGAAAUUACCUAAAAAUAAAUAGUACAAAAAUGUUUCGCUUCAUGGUUUGCUUCGUGAUCAUGGCUGUGUGUUUGUGCACGUCCGCGUGGGCGUCGCAUUACGACAUCGCUGCACCGGCACCAUCCUCGUCAUAUGGCGGCGAUGCUGCUAUUACAUUGCCCGCCAGUGCAGAAGCUCAAGCUGCCGCUUUGACGAAUGCCGCCGGCGCAAAGGCGACCGCUGCUAAAAUCAACGCCCUGAAAUGGGAUCUGUUAAACUUGUACGGCUACGAAAUCGGCUAUCCAUUGUUGGUGAAGAAAUACGGACCAUUGACUUCGUUGUUCUCUGCCGCGCUGCCACCACGCAGUUUUGUCGGAAAAAUCGAUCCCGCUUUCUUGAAAGACUCUUAUGGCAAAAUCAAAUAUGUCGGUGAAAGCUCGAUCGGUGUUGCGGCAAUCUAAGAUGGUCGCGCUUAAAAAGCGAAUUUAAAUUAUUGUGACUGAAGCCUUAAUACUAAAACUAGCUUGAUAAUAAAUCUAUUAAUUUUUAAGUGGAAAA